AUGGAUAACCAGGUGCCUCCAAAGUCCAGUGAGUGCAAUGAAAAGAUUGGGGUGGAUGAGAUGGUCCAGCGUUACGCCGGAGAGUUCGGUCCAUGGCAGCUCCGGCACUUCAUGCUUACUAGUGUUGCAUGGACUCUCGGUGCGUUCCAGGGAAUGGCAGUAGUGUUUGCCGAUCACCGGCCAAAGUGGAGGUGUAUAAGCGGCGGUGCUUGCCCAGAGACUAUGUGUGGGUUGCCGCAUGAUGCAUGGGAGUGGGAUGGUGGUCGAAGGACGUCAACAGUGGCAGAGUGGGAUCUUGUUUGCAAGGACAUGUAUAAGGCUGGGAUACCACAGUUUGCUUUCUUUGUCGGAUGUAAUGGGACAUUUGGGCAUCUUUCCGACUCAUUCCUAGGGAGGAAAAGGGCAUUGGCUUUAGCCUGUGCCAUGGGAGCUACCUUUGGUUUCCUCACCUCUCGAUCUCCAUCCUUCUACUUUUACACAUUAUUUCGCUUCGUCACUGGAGUGAGCACCGGUGGUGCCGGAACCUCCGUCUUCGUUCUCACCACCGAACCUAUCGGCCCGUCCAAACGCGCUACCAUGGGCAUAUGCACUACUUCUUUGCCAUUGGCACCAUUCUCCUGUCCAUCAUCUCCUACUUCCACCAUUCAUGGCGUUCACUCUACAUCAUCACCUCAAUCCCUUCCAUCAUGCAAGACAUUGCAAAAUCCAAUGGGAAACAAAUACCUGAUGGAGUCUCACUAUCAUUUGGAUUGUGGCACUGAUCAAACUGUGGUAUCUGGUUCAAUCAUUGAUGUUAUCCGUUCUCCGGUCACUCGCCUACGGUUUAUACUUGCUGUAUCCGUCAAUUUCUUGUGUUACGUUGCGUACUACGGUCUAUGUCUUAAUGUGAUGAAUCUUAAGACUAAUCUUUAUCUUGGUGUGAUACUUAAUGGUGUUGCAGAGAUGCUAGCUUAUAUGCUUACUGCUGUGGCUCUGAAGUGGGUUGGGAGGAGGCCAUUGACAGUGGGGAUGAUGUUGUUUAGUGGUGUGGUUUGUGGGGUUGGGAGUUUGAUGGGGGAUGUGGGGGCGGUAAGGAAGCUGAGGAUGAUAUGUGGUGUCAUGGGUAUAUUUGCAAUGACCUCAACAUAUAAUUUGUUGUUUGUUUAUGCAUCAGAAUUGUUUCCGACUGUUGUGAGGAACACGGCAGUUGGUUGCGUUUCGCAGGCCGGGCAGAUAGGGGCCAUGGUGGCAACAUUUGUGGUGGUUAUAGGGGGUAGAUGGCCAUUUAUUGUGUUUGCAGUUUGUGGGGUGGUCGGAGGAGUAUUAGCUUGGUUACUACCGGAGACUUUAAAUCAACCUUUGUAUGAUACAAUGGGUGGGUUGGAGAAGGGUGAGCUUCAAAAGAGUGAGGCAGUAAGGGAUGGAUGA